AUGGAUACAAUUAGUACAGAUAUAGAUAGUAGUGUUGUUGUUGAUCAAAAUGGUUGUGAAAAACAUGCUAAAAGAUUUAAAUUUUUUUGUUUUCAAUGUAAUCUGUUGAUUUGUCCCAGAUGUCUAACACAACAUCAGGCAGAAUAUCGUGAUCAUCAAUGUGAACAUCUAGAUAAUAUUAAAGAUGCUUUAUUAAAAUUAGAUGUUUUUAAUAUUGCUGAUAAUAAUAGUAAUAAUAAUAAUAAUAAUAAUGUUUUUAGUAAUAAUAACAAUACCAAUAGUAUUAGUAAUAAUAUUGAUAAUAAAGUCAGUAAUAGUAAUGAAUAUUUAAUUAAAAGAUUAUUAUAUAUUUGGCAAAGAUUAAAAUCAUCGACAGUUGCAGCUCAAUCAUUAGAAAAUAAAAUCGGUGAAAUCAGUUACCAUUAUUCACAGAUAUUCGAAUAUCUGAUGACUCAAGAACUUAAAUCAAAGAAACCAUUACAAUCUCAAUUAGAAACAGUCGAACUAACAAUACAGAAAGAUUUAAAAGAUUUAUCAUCUUUGAUUGAAUUAAUUGACCAUUCUAAAUAUUUAAAUCAAUUUGUUAAUAACAGUAAUAAUAGUAAUAGUUUAUCAACAUCAUCAACCUCAUCUUCAACAUCAUCAAUAUCACCAUCUGAAAUAUUUGAUACAACAGAUAAAUACCAAUUAGAAAACAUUAUUAAAUCAGUUAAUAAUUCUCAAUCAUUAUCGAAAUUCAUUACGACUCAUAGAAAUACUUUGUUUAAUAAUAAUAUUAAUUAUCUUGAUAAUCAAGAGAACAAUAUUAAAUUUAUCAAUCAAAAAAUUCUGGAUUUGUUUAUAAAUUAUACUAAAAACAGUAAUAUUGAUAUUAAUGAUAAUAGUUGUAAUAAUAAUAAUGAUAGAUAUAAUAAUUCACAAGUAAUAUUUAAUCGUAAUGAUCUAGAGGAAUUUAAGUCGUAUAUAAAUAAGAUAUCGUCAAUCAAUUUGAUUGAUAAACGUUUAAAGACAUUUAUGUUUAUUACCAAUCGUGAUAAAUCAUAUUCAUUGCUCAACUUGGAUGAAAAUGUUAUUCAGACAGUGCAUUGCGAUACGUUUGACUUUAUUCGUACCGUCAACUCAAUGGUAACGGUUGGUCCACACAUCUAUAUAUUCAGCAGUUACUCUGAAGACUAUCAGAACAAGUAUUGUCGAUUCAACGUUGAGACAAUGUCAAUCGAUCACUGUGCCGCCAUUGAGAACAUAGAGAUCGGAAGAACUGCCUCGGUUUGCUACGACGGUGUCUCUGACUACAUCUACUUGAUCAACGGAUACAACGAUGUGAAGAAACAACACUACAAUAGAGUCGACCGAUUCAACUGGAAGACUUUGACAUUCGAAAAGUACUACGAAGAGCCGAGACAGCAUAAAAUCAACUACCUAAGAAUAUUGUCAUUCUUUUUCAAAGGAUUGAUCUAUUCCGUGCCGGUCGUUGGUAAAUCACUACAUAUCUUUGAUCCUGCCGAUAAGACGAUGAAAGAAUUCCAAUCGAAUCACUUCUUUGAACGUUCAUACGCCGCUUGUACCGAUGGCAAUGGUAUGAUCUAUAUUCUUUCAACCGAUGGCAGUUUUCAGAGAUUAAGCGUCGAAACCAAAGUAUUUGCAAAGUUAAGCUCACCGAUGGAGACCAACAGCUAUAUCUCAAUGGUAUACCACCAAAACAAAAUCUAUCUAUUUUCCAACGAAAUCCUUAUUUACUCCAUUGAACAUGAUAGAUGGGGACCAGCUUUUUUAAAACUUACCGAUCAAACGGCCAAUGAUUUUUCAAAGAUUGUCAGAACAACAUGUGGUGCUUCUUUAUUCCAAAAAUUAUAA